GUAGAGGAAGAUAGCACCGCAAGUAGCAAAGAUCAACUGCGCAGAGAAUCUAUACAUUUUCAAAAUGAGUACAGAGAAAUAUCCUAGGUCCUCAAUUGAGGAUGAUUUCAAUUAUGGGACCAAUGUUGCCACGGCAAGCGUCCAAAUCCGGAUGGAUUUUCUGCGCAAGGUGUACACCAUUUUGUCACUGCAGAUCAUCCUCACCACCGCAAUGUCGGCACUCUUCAUGUUCUGCGAACCCAUCAAAACAUUUCUUCAUGCAAGCCCAGCUAUCGUCUUGGUGCCCACGCUGGCCUCUCUGGUUCUCAUCUUUGCCUUGUUCAUUUACCGACACCAGCAUCCUGUCAAUCUCUACUUACUUGCUGGUUUUACUUUGUUGGAGGCUUUCUCUGUUGCAACUGCUGUAACCUUCUUUGAGUACUCCAUCGUCCUGCAAGCAUUUGUCCUCACCUCAGCUGUGUUCAUUGGGCUAACUGCCUACACUUACCAGUCUAAGAGGGACUUCAGCAAAAUGGGAGCAGGAUUGUUUACCUGUCUGUGGAUACUGAUCAUUGCUGGUUUCAUGAAGCUCUUCUUCAACAACGACACUGUGGAGCUGGUUUACGCAGGGGCCGGUGCUCUCCUCUUCUGCGCCUUCAUCAUCUACGACACCCACCUCCUGAUGCACCAGCUCUCCCCUGAGGAGCACGUGCUGGCCUCCAUUAAUCUCUACCUGGACAUUAUCAACCUCUUCUUCCACAUCCUCCGCAUCCUGGACGCCAUGAAGAAGCACUGAGCCCCGAUGAGCCAGUGUUAGUGUUGAAUGUGUGCCAUUCCAUUUUUAUCACAGUAAUAUAUUUUUUGUUUUAACGUUGGGAAUCAUUGGUGUGUUUUGGAAAUGGGAACCCUAUCUGUUUUCUCUGGCUUGCUCCUUUUGACCUACAAGUAACUGCUCCUAACUUCUCUCCUAGGUCUAUUAACCCUUAUCAGAAUCCCCAUACGAGUGAUUUGUACAGUCACAAAUCCUCAGUUCAAUAGUAAGAGUUGAUCGUAUCCAGAGGUUCCUGGGAGACCUAAAAUAGUUAGUGCUGUGGGUUGCUGGAACGCCAGGCUGUUGUGUUUGAGUGUUUGAUAUGAAGGUUGUGUAAACUUUUUUUGUGCCAGUGUAAGAGUGUUGUAAUUUGAAUAAGCUUGUACACUUGUUAAUGUACACUUCCCAUCAAAGGUUUUCUGCUUGCAUCUAAAGAACCAUUUGAGCCCCUUUGAGUCUAACUAUGCUUGAAAUGAAAUUGUGCUGAUCAGUGGUGCUUACUGUAUGUUGGCUGACUUGUGUUGAGUUUUCAUCACAUCUGAUUACCCAGUGACUUAGAUGAUUUAUCUCCAGUAUAUUUUUGGAUACAUUACAAGACAAACAGUUAGAACACAUAGACUUUUGAUGGAAAGUGUAUGUUCAUGCUCAUGUAAAUAAAUAUGGUGUCAGUAGAUCUUAUCCCUGUUUUUAAACGGUUUAUUACUUGGAAUGGUUUGAUUAAGGUUUAAUAAUACAAUGCCUUAAUUUGCUUUCAACACACAAUCUGAUAAUCUGAUAUUACUUUAAUAAAGAGGUGGCCGUCCUAGCUUCAGAAAGGUACAAUCCUACCAUGUAUUCUUUAUACUUUUGCACUUUACACAACAGAUGUUGCUAAUUUACCAGGUUUGAGAGUUUGAACAAAUAUGAGGUAAGACCUAAACUUUCUGAAGCUGUGAUGUCCACUUCUGCUUUAAUUCUAGGUCUUAUCUCAAACGACACUGUAUGUUGAAUCAUAAAUUCAGCAGUGACUUUUGACUGAAACACUUAGAAGGCAUUGAACAUGGUAUUAAAGAGAUAUUACCAAUAACUAUAAUGACAAAUCCUGAGGGCGUACAUGUGGAAUUUCAGUCUUUAAAGUGCCUUUAGCAUAUCUAAAGGCCCUUAAGUUCAGCUGUCAAAACACUGUGCCCCACUAAUGAAAAGGUGAAAAUGUCUCAAUGAAUCCAUUAAGAAUCCAUUAUGUAUUCUAAAUAAAUACAUCUGCACAGAAAACAAGUUUGCAAUAUUGAUCUUACACUUUAGUACUGGCAAAAUGGCAAUUCCUGUUCUUCAUCUGAACAAUUGAGAUGGUUAUUUAUUUGCAGCUUAUGUUUUGGUUAUAAAAGUCUGCACUUUGCAUUCAAUCAUAUGUUUACAGAAAUCAUGACUUGAUUACAACUUUAAUAAAUGUGGAUGUACAUGCCUA